AUGUUGCUGAAACACUCGCUCAAGGCUUCAUCAUCGUCAUCACUGAAGAAAAUUGUACAUUGGGGAGAAACUUCCAGCACUUCCUGUUUUAUUCUUACAGAAGCUGCUGGAGUGAAAGGUAUUCACAAUAGAUCAUUCCAUAGUACUACAUCUAUGAAUGCCUCAUCAACCUCCGAUGCAAAUGUACCUAUUUAUGUGCAUAUUAAAGAAUCAAAUAUUCCACCCUCAGUUCAUUCAAAAAUUGGACGUAAUUUACAUCGGAAAGAGAGUCAUCCAUUGUGUAUCAUCAAGACAGCCAUUCAAAAUCAUUUUAUCAAACAAGCUGAAAAUUCGAGUGAACCCCAUAAGGUUCAUAUCUUUGAUGAAUUCCAUCCAAAGGUUUCUACCAAACAAAACUUUGAGGAUUUAUGUUUCCCAUCGGAUCACAUUUCUCGACAACCAACAGACACCUACUAUUAUGACAGCUUACAUUUAUUAAGAACUCACACAACUGCUCACCAAGUUGAAAUUUUGAAACAAGGUUAUAAACAAUUCCUUAUUGCAGGAGAUGUCUAUAGACGUGAUGAUGUGGAUGCCACUCACUAUCCAGUAUUUCAUCAAAUGGAUGGAGUUAAAAUUUUCAGUAAGAAACACUUUUUGGAACUUGUCAAGAGUGGAAAAAUUGAUUUUGAAAGUGGAAAACCUACCUCACAGUCGAGGGGAGGAUCGGUCGAUAUCAGCGCAAAAACUCCUGAUGAAAUUCAAAAAGCAUUUGAAAAUUAUUGUAUUCAAGAAUUGAAAGGUGAUUUGGAAGGAAUGGCUCGAGCUUUAUUUGGCGAUGUCACAAUGAGAUGGAAUUCAGAGUAUUUCCCAUUCGUCGAUCCAGGAAUUGAACUGGAAAUUGAUUUCCGUGGAAAAUGGCUCGAAGUGUUAGGGUGUGGAUUAAUCAAGAAAGACAUUAUGAAAAAUGCUAAUUAUGAUCUUUCUGAAUAUGCUGGAUAUGCAUUUGGAGUUGGAUUGGAGCGAUUGGCAAUGAUUUUAUUCGACAUUCCCGAUAUUAGACUCUUCUGGAGUGAGGACUCAAGAUUCCUCUCUCAAUUCGAUCAAUCAUUGGCCAACAAUACUCAAAAAUUAUUGUCCACCAAGUUCAAACCUUUUUCUAAAUAUCCUGGAUGUUACAAGGAUAUUUCCAUGUGGGUCAAUGCAAACUACAGCGAUAACGAUUUUUAUGAAAUAGUUAGAGAAUUAGCAGGAGAUUUGGCUGAAAAUGUUUCCAUUGUGGACGAUUUUACUCACCCCAAAACUGGACAAAGAAGUAAAUGCUACAGAAUCAUGUACAGAAGUAUGGAAAGAAGUUUGACCAAUGAAGAAAUUGAUCAAAUUCAAUUUAAAAUUAGAGAGAUAGUACCACAAAAAUUACCAGUCUCCCUUAGAUAA